CAGUGUUGGCGACACCACCGGGAGCGGUGCGCAUUUUUUUUUUGUGGGUCUGACGAGAGGACCAAGGCGGCGUUCCUGAGCAGACACCGACCACAUAAAAGGAGAGCGAAGCCUCUGACAGCCGAAUAAGACACUGCGGAUUCUCCUCUUAUUUUGAAAGCUCUUUCAUCCUAAUGCACCGACUCCGGAGGAAAGGUACAGCCUACCUGGUGUCACUUAUGGAGUGCUGAUCUGCAUUUCCCCUUAAUCUUUCUAAUGAUCAGUGAAAAUAGGGUGUGCAGAAUUUUUCAUUGGUCUGUUUUUUUUAAAGUAAUUGCUUAGGGGAUAGGAAAUAGCCUUUUUUGCCCACGGAGUGUUACAUAACCGAGUGGCUUUAGCUGUCCAAGGUGCUGAAUUGAGCGGUCGAAGCAGAACGGGACGAACCGUGGGGGAUUUCUCAAGCUUGCAAGGUCACGGGCCUAUCCAUCCGGAGGAGGAAAGCGCUGGAUCCCACCUCCCUCUAGUCGCUGGGUUAUAUCCACCUACAUAUUUAUUUUCUUUUUUUUUUUUUUUACAUCGCCCAGUGUGUGUAAUAAAUUCCUGACCGGCUUCAACUAAUCGGUGAGAAAAUGUCGGGGCAAACGCUCACGGAUCGCAUUGCCGCUGCGCAAUACUCGCUAACGGGAUCAGAUAUGGCCAGGGCUGUCUGCAAAGCCACCACUCACGAAGUGAUGGCGCCCAAGAAAAAGCACCUGGAAUACCUGGUAUCCGCCACCAACACCACCAACGUGAACAUUCCUCAGAUGGCUGACACGCUGUUUGAGCGAGCCACUAAUGCAAGCUGGGUGGUCGUCUUCAAGGCCCUCGUCACCAGUCAUCACAUGUGUGUCCACGGCAAUGAGAGGUUUAUUCAAUACCUGGCUUCCAGGACCUCCUUGUUCAACCUCAGCAAUUUCAUCGACAAAACCGGCUCUCAUGGCUAUGACAUGUCUACAUUCAUCAGACGGUACGGACGCUACCUGAACGAGAAAGCCUUUGCCUAUCGCCAGAUGGCUUUUGACUUCACCAGAGUCAAGAAAGGUGCCGAGGGAGUGAUGAGAACUAUGACCACUGAGAAGCUGCUGAAAGGCAUGCCUGUUCUGCAGACUCAGAUUGACACACUCCUGGAGUUUGAUGUUCAUCCCAAGGAGCUGAACAACGGGAUCAUCAAUGGUGCAUUCUUGCUUCUCUUCAAAGACCUGGUCAAACUGUUUGCUUCCUACAACGAUGGAAUCAUCAACCUAUUAGAGAAAUUUUUCAAGAUGAAGAAAAAUGAAUGUAAGGAUGCCUUGGAGAUUUAUAAGAGAUUCUUGACCAGGGUGACGAAAAUCGGGGAAUUCAUGAAGCUGGCUGAGACAGUCGGGGUUGAGAAAAAUGACAUCCCUGACAUCAACUAUGCUCCCAGCAGUAUCCUAGAGUCUCUGGAAACGCACAUGAAUGGGUUGGAGGAUGUAAAAGGAGGAAAGAAAGGUGAAGGGUCUCCCACAAAGGGAUCUCCAACAAACAACGUGUCACCAACAUCAACUCCUGCCAAAUCUUCAAAUGCCGUUCCUACGUUGCAGCCUCCUCCCGGGGACAAUGCUGCUGGCGCUUCAGCUGCUCCUGAACCCGCUGAAGAUUCUCUGUUGGAUCUGGAUCCACUGUCGUCCUCCGGCCCCUCAGCACCGUCAGCUGCCCCGACAUCCUGGGGAGAUCUUCUUGGAUCAGAUGCCUUUGCAACACCUGCCCCUGCCGCCGAGGCCUCUGUCGCUGCAGCGGAGGGUGGGGCUGCUGCCACGUCCACCCCUGCCGCCAACGCCGGAGCCGACCCUUUCGCUCCGUCGGACAGUAGUGCCAACCCAGUGUCUUCAGGUCUAGAUCUCUUCGGCAUGAUGACAGUGGAGAAUAAUAGUUCGCUGGAUGCCUGUUUUAGUUCUGUGAUGCCUCAGCCCUCCCCCUCCCCUUCCCCCUCACCGCUCUUGACCUCCACAUCCAGCACCAUCACCACCACAGCGACCAUCUCAGCCUCAAACACCACCAGCCCCGCGACUGACCUUUUCAGCGCGGAUGUGUUCAGCUCCCCUGCCCCCAUCCUCUCCUCAGCCCCCCCACCCAAAAUUGACACAGGAGCCAUCUUGAACCUCUUUGGUGAGUCCACGGGAGGGGACGCCCCAGCUGCAGCUGCUCCCGCUGCUGCUCCUGCUGCACCCGGUGCUGAGCUGAUGUCAGUAUUUGAUGGCCUAGGAGAUGUAAUGAAGCCCACUGUCACCCCUCAGGCGGGGGAUGUUGACGCCUCCAUGGCUAACAUGGCAAGUAACCUCACAAUGGGAACGCCAGCGGCCCCUCAGGUAGCUCCCCCCAGUUGGGGUGCUCCCAUGGUUGGGGCACCAGUGGCUGGAGCACCCAUGAUGCCCAUGGCCAGGCCGGGCUUCCCUGCCCCCGGAGUGACACCGGGAGCACCGAUGUCUCCUGGAAUGGCCCAGAGCCCCAGAAAGCCCCCACCACCGAGGAAUGCGCUGGACGACCUCAAUAUUAAGGACUUCAUGUAGACUGCCUGACCCACUCACCCCCAGGGUUUGUCAUUGUGUCUGGAGCUCUGUGGAUGUGGAUGUCUGCACUCCCCCCCGCCUCCCCCCGCCAGCCAUCAUCUCUUCAGUCUCUACCCUCUACCGACCCCCACUAAAGAAAACCUGCCCCCCCCCCCACCCCCCUCCUUAUCUAAUGUUGUAGCACAACUGUGAAUGUGAACCCUAGAUACAGAAAACCAGAACUCGGUUUCAGUGUGUGUGGGUGUGUGUGUAAUCCAGUGUUAACCUUUACAUAAUAUACUACAGAAAAAUAAACCCCAAAAAAAAAAAGUCAGUAAAUGUGUAUUUAGAUUCAUUCUGGAUUUCCAGCAUAUCAGUUGACUUGGAACGGUGGAUAUAUGUUGGUUUCUUUGCGCAUCUCCCAGAUGGGGAUUGUGUUGUUAAAUGUGGACUGUGUUUGGUGUAACUUCACUGGCCAACCCCCACUUCCACUCCUUAACUCCUAAUGUCUGAACUAACUCUGAGCUAUGUUUGAAGUCAUUAAAGACUUGGUUGAACCCAUAUCUGCUUGGCCAUUCAUCCUCCGACCUGUCUACUUUAUGUUUUUGCAAAACAAUGAAUCAAAAUGUACCGUAACACAGUUUGCAAUACAAAUCCAGAUUUAUCAUAGAGCACAUGGAAUUGUGUUUGGUUUCUUUUUUUUUUUCUUUAUGCUUUUUUUUUUUCCUUUUUUUUUUGAACUUUUUGGAAACAUGCAAACGUUUAUGAACUGUGUUCAAAUUGACAUAUGCAUUUUAGACUGUUUUAAAUGAUGGAUUAUACAUAUUUUCGUUAAUAUUUAUUCCGAAAGGGGAAAAAAAUGUAUCAUAUGUUUUUAGUUACUUUUAAAUUAUAAGAAAAAAAAGAAAGUUAGCAUAAAUCUCCCCACCUUCUUUGUACAUACUGAAUAUGAGGUUGUAUUGAAGGAAAUUGUUUGCCCAGAGUACGUUCUGUUGCACCCUUUGCUGGUGUGGAGUGAUACUGCAUCAUAGCAUGCAACCCAGGUCAAUCUCAGAUGCAUUUUAAUACUCUCAAAGAGCUCCAUUCUCUCUAUCACGACACAGUAGGAGUUAAUGUGGAGGAUCUACCGUAUUGUAGAAGUGUGUGGUUGGAGUGGAGCCUCGGCUCUUGCUCUGGUCAUUUCUAACGCGACAGCGGUCAGAACAUUUGCUCAUGUGCUGCCACUGGUCUCUGAGACUUAUUGUAAAGCACGCAAGUAUUUGCUGGAUGUUUCUGUGUGUUUAUUUCCAAAAAAAAGUGACUGUAUCUUAAUCCAUUGUGACAUUAACAAUGUGUUGAACGAAAAAUAAAGAUGAGUAUAAGACAUAAUGAAAAUAAUGUGGGUAAAUAAUGUCUGCAAAGUAUUCCUUCAAAGGCUCUUUGUUCUUCUUUUCUUUUGUUAUAAUGGAUGGCAUCGCCAUCUCUCCCCACCUGCAUGUGAGUCCAGAUGAGAUGCAAUAAAAGACAAUUACGCUGAUCU